AUGAGGCGAUAUCACAAGAUGGAAAAGAUCGGGGAAGGUACCUACGGAGUAGUGUACAAAGCCCAGAACAAUCAUGGAGAAAUCUGCGCCCUAAAAAAAAUUAGAGUCGAGGAAGAAGAUGAAGGCAUUCCUAGCACAGCCAUUCGGGAGAUUAGUCUUCUUAAGGAGCUUCAUCACCCUAACAUCGUUUGGCUUAGGGACGUUAUCCACAGUGAAAAAUGCUUAACAUUAGUUUUUGAAUACUUAGAUCAAGAUUUGAAGAAAUUAUUAGAUGCUUGCGAUGGUGGUUUGGAACCCACAACAGCGAAGUCGUUUCUGUAUCAGAUUCUCAGAGGGAUCUCAUACUGUCACGACCACAGGAUUCUGCACCGUGACUUAAAGCCACAAAAUCUCCUAAUUAACAGAGAAGGGGUUUUAAAAUUAGCUGAUUUUGGCCUAGCAAGGGCUUUUGCAAUACCUGUUCGAAGUUAUACUCAUGAAGUUGUUACUUUGUGGUACAGAGCUCCAGACGUUCUAAUGGGCUCUAAAAAAUACUCAACUGCAGUUGAUAUUUGGAGCGUCGGAUGCAUAUUUGCAGAGAUGAUAAAUGGAGUUCCUCUCUUCCCCGGAAUAUCAGAACAAGACCAGCUAAAGCGAAUUUUUAAGAUUCUUGGCACUCCAAAUGUUGAUUCCUGGCCUCAAGUGGUCAACUUACCAGCCUAUAACCCAGACUUUUGCUAUUAUGAAAAACAGGCUUGGUCCUCAAUUGUACCAAAGUUAAAUGAAUCAGGCAUAGACCUCAUUUCAAGAAUGCUACAACUGGACCCAGUCCAGAGAAUAUCAGCAAAGGAGGCUCUCAAGCACGAUUAUUUCAAGGAUCUACACAGACCUUCCGAGUUUUUAAACGGUGUACACUAA